CUCACAUCCAAAGCCUUAUUACUAUUAGCCAAUAAUUCUCUGUUUUUCUUCUGCUAAAGUUACCAAGCUGUGAGAUAGCAAUGGGUGUUUUCACUUACGAAAAUGAGGUGACCACCGUCAUUCCUCCGGCCAAGUUCUUCAAGGCAUUUAUUCUUGAUGCCGACCGACUUUACCCCAAGAUCGUGCCACAUCAGCCCAAAACUGAAGUUGUCGAAGGAGAUGGCGGGCCCGGAACCAUCAAGAUUAUCACCUUCAGUCACGGCGGGCAAGUGAAAUCCAUAAAGCACAGGCUGGACGUAGUGGACGAAAAAUCGUUGACUUACAAAUACACGGUGUUAGAAGGGGAGCUUUUAUCGGACAAUAUAGACCAAAUUUCAAAGGAAUUAAAGGUAACGGCGGGACCUGACGGAGGAUCCAUUUUGAAGAGCAUAAGCAUUUACCACACCAAAGGAGACCACCAAAUCGACGAGCAGAAGCUCAAGAUCGGCGAGGAAAAGGGAUUGGGCCUUCUCAAAGCCGCCGAGGCCUACCUCCUGGCCAACCCUGCUGAGUAUAACUAAACCAA